AUGCUAAUGCAACAAUGGCGAGACGACCUGCCUCCGGUCGUCUUAAAACCCACCAAAGAGCUGGUGGAGGACGAUGCGCUCGACAACUGCGGUCCCCUUCGUUUGACAUAUUUAACCCUUGAACUACUGGUCUUCCGAGCACUCCUUCGUCCACUGGCCUUUCAACCUGGAACAGGUGAGCAGGAAAUGUCCGAACCGCGUUCUACUAUCCUCCAGAAUAGUCAAUCAUGUGCCAAACUCAUUCUGGAGUUGGUUACGGCUCUCAAAGCAAAUCACUUUGUCAAUUUCUGGCCAUCAUUCUUUCCCAUUAUGCUGACUGUCAGUCCUGAAGACACACGAUAUCAACUGUCCUAUAUGACAAAUUUCGUCUUGCUCCUCUUUGUGCAGUCGCCGUCAAUGGCUGUGGCCAAAGAGAACAAGAUGCUACUGGACAAAUGGCGGAUCACUGUCCGGAUGCAGUCACGAGCUUGGCCUGUUCUGAAGCUGGCAGUCAUGAGACUUGAUGCUGUUUUCUGGAAGGGACUUGAUCAUAUUGUGACUUGUGCUGGAAAGGACAGUCCCGCGAUGUUGCUACUCAAAGGACCACCCGAGAAUUAA